UUAAUAGCAACAACUGUACGUGGGGUCGGUCUUGGGGGUGUCUCACCUGGCUCUCCAUCGCUGUGACGUGUACGGAGAGGUCUGCGCUGACUGCUGUCUGGCCAGAGACCCUUACUGCGCCUGGGACGGGAAGUCCUGCUCCAGAUACUCAUCCUCCCAGAAGAGAUCUGACCCCUCUAGACGGAGCCGUAGGCAGGAUGUAAAGUAUGGCAAUCCGAUUCGCCAAUGCAGAGGAUAUAACUCCAACACCAAUAAGAAUACCCUGGAGUCUAUGCAGUAUGGGGUGGAGGGCAGCACGACGUUCCUGGAGUGCCAGGCCCGGUCUCCUCAUGUGUCUCUCAAGUGGCAUCUGCAGAAGGAAAACAGCGACAGGAGGAAAGAGAUCCGCUCAGAGGGUCGCAUCCUAAAAACGGAGGAAGGUCUCCUGAUCCGCUCUCUGCAGUCCUCUGACAGCGGCAUCUACCAGUGCACGUCCACAGAGAAGAAUUUCAAACACACACUCGUCAAACUGCAGCUCGUGGUCCUCUCCAGUCGCACGGUCAACAACGUGUUGGUGGAUACGGGCAGCCCGGCCCUCCCCCCCCUGCAGUCCAGCGCCUGGACUCCGAGUGCCGGUCAGUAUAAGGACCUGCUGACCAUCCUGAGCCAGCCGGAGAUGGGCCUGAUCAACCAGUACUGCCAGGAUUACUGGCAGCUCGGAGACGUCAGCCUCGGGGACAACAAAGCCAAAAACCUGAAGGAGCUGAAAGAGCAGAAGAAGCCUCGCAACCGUCGGCAUCAUGAUGAGCUAACAACUCCAUCUGAGACAUGAGGAGCUAGAUACACAACUCAUCGUCCUACAGUCUACCUGCUCACUCCUGAAACACUGCAUCCCUCCAUUCAGGGGAUUGACUCCAGUUAGAAAGCUGAUUAUAACGGACAAGACAGAAACUGCAACCAGAAGCAACAGCAUCAAACUGUUUCUAUGUAACUGUUGGAACAAAAAUACACAAUAUUUAUUGUAGGUUGUAAAAAGUAAUUCUUUGUACCUAUCUAGUUUUUUUUUGUGAAUAGGUAAAUUUGUGCAAAUAUUGUUGUUAUUAUAAUAUUAUUGUUAGUGUUAUUGUUUAUUACGAUGUGUUAUUAUGUUGAGAAUAUCUUUAUGUUUGGUGUUUUUGAGAAACAGCAACAAUAACCCAGGACUUUGGGAGGAUCCACACAUGGACAAGGACCGAUGAACCAGAAACUGUUACAGGUGACCAUGUUGGAUCACCUGACUGCUGGCAGUAUUCAUUGUUUCAGCUGGAAGUCGAGGCGCUGGUUCAGUGAAAUCAAACUUCCCUAAACUUCUUCUUCAGAACCAUCUACUGUAUAUCAGACAGUUUUUUUUUUACUGCAAAAACAAGCUGUGGACAUACUGAUAAUGGCAUUUCUUGGGACAGGCAAUGAUAAAAAGAAAUGACGACAGUGAGACUUCAGCUGUGAUAACAUGUCGCACACAUAAAGUAAGACGUCUCUCCGUUCCUGUCUGUGGUCCAGCCUGGCCUCAGGUUAUGGAGUUACAUCAUCCACCCAAAUUCUUCAGAAAAUCAGUUGCUGCCAAGUGUUUGUUUUGUUUGUAUGUGAAUAUCACAUCUCAAUGUUGUAUCCUUAACAAACGUGAUCUUUGUGAUAAGCUGUUUUUUGGAGGAAAAGGGUCCUUUAACGACUAAAAAUAUAACAUUGCCUUUUCUAUUCUCUUCUGAGAAAAGAAAUUCCAGCAGGCAGCUAUAUGUGACUUUGUGACAGUUUGUGAUAAAAACAUUUUUAGAGACAAAGCACCUUCUGUUGCCAAACAAACGGUAAAUAUUUCACUUGUAUCUGUGGCAUAUGCAGUAUAUUCAUAUAAGAAAGAGCAUGUCAUUUGUAUGCUCAAAGGUUGUUUUUCUUUAGCUCCUAAUGAAUCUAAAGUUUCCAUUCCUGCCAGUUUCAUUCUAGAUAAGGAUUUCACAAAGUGAAUAUUAAUCAUGUAAUCAGUCUAUACUUUAUAUUUGAUUACAACAACAAAAAUGCCGAAUGCAGAGCUCUGAAAUGAGCAUUUUAUUGCUUCUGUAUUUUCUUCUGUAUUUUCAUUUGAACUGGUUAACAACACAGCGCUCCUUUUUUUAUCAGUCAUGCAGUGCCAUCCUGCUUUCAUAUGUGCCACAGACCUAAUAUAAAACUUCCAUACAGUGAAAUAAAAAAAAGUGUCACAAGAACAACUCCAAGCUGUUCACCACAUAACCUGAAGAGAAACGCGUAACAAAAUCUUCAGAAGGUGGCUUUUCAUUGUGCAUGGCAUGUACAGUGUAAUGUAUAUGGUAUUUGUCUAAAAUGCUAUGUUGCUGUGGAUGUCAGUGAAUGUCUUUCUCGUUGUGGGAAUAUUGAAACACUAUCAGAAGAUGCUGAAAGAUAAUGAUUUUAAAUUCUCUCUUUCUCCAUUUCUCUCUCUUUCUCUCUCUGUACGUCUCUUAGUCUCCUUUUUCUCUCUCUCUCUCUCUCUCUUAGAAAUGUGCAUAUUUCAAACAUGUGCAUUCAUUUUUUUUCUCUGUUUGGCAGACUUUGCUCGGGGUCAUUGAGGUAGAGUAAUGUAUGAUAUAAUGCACAGUUGAUGUUAUUUUAAUGACUUGUAAAAAAAAGUACUAUCUUUUCUUCCUCAUCAAUGUUGCUGACUAAUAAAUUAAAGCUCUAUAUUUUAUAAUAACAGAGGUUCUGUUCUGUUUGAAAUAUAGUCUGCAGGCCCUUUUGUGUGAUAUGUAAAGACAUUGAUCGUUGUUUUACUGAUUUGCAGUGGUGAAAGUAUACAGAUCCUUUAAUUAAGUAAAAAGUAGCAGUACCACAGUGUAAAAUACAUCAUUUCAAGUAAAGGUCCUCCCUUAGUUAGAAAUGUCGCUUACUGUAAAUAAAAGUAUUCUCAGCAAAAUGUUCUUAAUUAA